AUGACCUGCGACGAGAAGCUGAGUGCCGCCAACUUGAAGCGUCAGCUCGGAGAGAGCCACGACCAGAAAAACUUCAACUUCCGCAUCAACAUCCAUCAGACGACGGCUGCUCGAGAUUGGCACUUCGCACUCCUCACCUGCGGCAAUACCGAGCAGGCUGACCUGACAUUAAGACUGGUUGCGACAUCGGGCGCGCUGAACAUGUUCGAAGCCAACACGCAUUUCGACGCCAGCAGCUGUCCCGCCGCCGUCGAUGUCCCAUGGAUGGAGGCCGCGCACGACGAGGUCGGCUUCUGGCUGCUACUGGCCGGGGCCGUGGUCUUCGGAUGCAGCGCGGUCCUCGCCACGCUUGCUUGCCGCCGAUGCCGCAAGAAG